AUGCGACCGCCGUCGUCAACAGACGCCCAGGUAGUACAGGCCAACCAGGUGUGCACAUCGCGAGAUUCGGGGCAAGCAGGCGUGACCACCGAUCAGGGUGGUGAGCUUGACGCGCCGCCAAACGCCGCAGCGAGGACCGUUCAUGUGGCGCUCAGCGCGAACGCCAUGCUGCGGCUGCUGAGACUGGGAUUCUUGCUGGGCUUUCAGGAAGUGUGCCCGACCCGUGCCCUCACUUUGCAAUUAGCGCCGCUGCGCCUCCGCGGAGCGCUGCACACAGCCCUGCGCACAGGCCUCCGCCUGGACACCUCGCUGGCCACUCCUGAUGACCGACUGCGCGGGUGGAAACUUUUCCUGCUGGCGCCAAGAAUGUUGCUCUACUGUGCCGCAGGCGAGUCCCACGUCGCGAUGGCCGAAUUUGAUCGCCGCGCGGAGCUCUUCCGGCAUGGGAGCUGGCAAGAAUUCUUGCAUGAAGCCAGUGCUGCCGCAGGAGGGGCCGGCUCGUGCAGGAAUGCUGAAGUGCUGCAAAAUCAUUUGUGCACCUUGGCAAGAGCCGGUCCCCGGUUGCUGCUUGCUGCCGGCACGCAAGCCACCCUUGAUGAGCUGCAUGACCUUCAGCGGCGGCCCCCGACACCAUACGGAGGUGCUGGCGGGCAUCCGCCAAUGGCAGAGCGCGGGCACUACUCGUUGGUGACGUCUUCCGAAGCGUGCCUGCCUUUCCAGUAUGGCCUCAGCACGCCAGCGCGGCACCGAAGCCGACCCGCGCGCCACGAUCCUGUCGGUCGAUACGGUCGGCGCCUUGAACCACGUCUCCAGACAGGCCAUGCUGGGUGCACUUGUUGCCAACCCAGCGCUCCUGCGCCGCCCCUCCUCCCAUAUGCCCGCGAGUUCUGUGCAAAUGGUAUGAUGACGCCGGCGUGGCGCAUGAGGUCCUUCGGGCGGAAGGCGGGGAGCAGAGCGACCCACUUAUUCCCGCGCUCAGCAUUUUGCGGAGCGCGAAAUCAUACUUGGCUGCGGGACGGCGAAGCUGUCUUUGCUACAAAAAUCCUUGCUUUCCUCGAUGACAUCUACGACACCGUCGACGCCUACGCCCCUGAGCGU